CCCAGAUUACUAAAACCGACAACCAUGUCAGCAGUUUCAGAAAUUAUCCGUUGUUCAAAUUUUGCAGCGAUAAAACACAAGGAACAGAGACGAAAAGAUAAAGAAAAGACCCCAUACAUCAAUCACCCAAUAGGUGUGGCUAACAUAUUAACAGAGGAAGCAAUUAUAACAGAUGUAGCAGUUAUUCAGGCCGCCCUUCUUCACGAUACUGUGGAGGAUACAAACACUACAUUCGAAGAAAUUCAGGAAAUGUUUGGAGAGGAAGUCACAGGUAUUGUGCGAGAAGUCACUGAUGACAAAAAUUUGCCAAAGUUGGACCGAAAACAAAAGCAGAUUGAGCAUGCUCCCCAUGCAAGCUACAAGGCCAAGCUGGUCAAGCUGGCCGACAAGCUGUACAAUCUGCGUGAUCUCAACCGUUGUACCCCAGGUGGAUGGACGGAAGCCAGAGUCACAGAAUAUUUCCUUUGGGCCAAGAAAGUUGUGGACGGACUCCGGGGGACGAACCAAUCUAUGGAAGAAAGUUUGGAUCAGUUAUUUAAAAUGAGGGAUAUACUAUAAGGAUAGCCUGUUUGAUUUUUUAAUGCCCCCGGGAUGGAAGUUUUGGAGGCAUAGGUUUUUUUGAGGGGGAGGGGGGUUAGUGGUUGAAGGAGGAGGGUUAUAAUUUUCAAGGUCAUAGGGUUAGGAGCGAAUUUGAAAUCAAAGAUAUGUCUGUGCCUUGGUGAAAUUCAGAGGGGGGUGGGCAGUUAUCCAGACAGUUGAUGAAUUUUUGGCAGCAAAAAUAUAUUGCAUCCCUCGCCUCUUUACCCCCACCCCCGUUUUUACAAACUGCUGGCCUUCAAAACAAUGAAAA